AUGUUGUCAAGGAGAAAUUUAGUUUUGCGUUUAAGCAUUAUAUUAAAUGUAAUCGUGCUUUGCUAUGUGGGUACGCAUUUUGUAUCAUAUAACAAUAUAGAAUUAAUAGAAGAUGUUCAAUCGAGUGGGAGAAACGUAGCUGUGAUAGAAUACAACACUAAUAUAAACGGUCAACAAAGUCAAGCAUAUCAGCAAAGCCAAGAUUCAAAGACUUAUUAUUCUCAAACUAAAAGAUAUUAUGAAUCGUCGGGUAGAAGCAUAUCGGAGAGUCCAAACAAUGGCGGUAGAAGUAAGGAAACGAUGAGCGAAUCGCAACAAAAUUAUCAGGUGAAUAAAAGUUCCGAAAUGCAAGUAGUUACGGGAAGUGAGGACGUCACGAAAGGUUUCGAAGAAUCCAUGAUAAUGACGAUACCGAAAAAAACAUCAUCCGAAUUUUCCGGGAGAGUCGUCAUGAUGGAAUCGAAUUUGAAAACGACACAAAGCAAAUUAAAUUCGUCUACGUUCGAAACGGCGUCGCCGUCGGAAAAUCAAAGGAAAAAAGAAAAAAAAACAUUGGAAAAUGUUAUCAGGUGCCAUGAUAGAGAGCCGAAGCACAGGACGUCUCAGAGAGGAGAUUUUUGGGUUCUAUAUAAUUACGUAAUGUCUUCGCGUAGGUUUAGAUGCCACGAAUCCGUGACUUAUACGACACAUUCGGAUUACACGUUUUUAGAUAAUUUAGAACCUCUUAUCGAAAGGUGGCGAGGACCGGUUUCCCUCGCUUUGCACGCUCCCGGCACGGAUUAUAACACAACCGUAAACACGAUACAAUAUUUGAGAAAAUGCACGGCGAGUUCAAGUUUAAUAAGGGAAUUUGUGACGUUUCACGUGUAUUUUGGGUCCAAGUACGUGCCUAAAAAAAUAUUAAAACCCGAUGAAGUAUUGAAAAUUCAAGUUAAUUGUUCUCAACCGCCGCCGUGGUCGAACGUAACCACCAAACAAUUGUUUAAAACACAGAAGAAAAUUUUUUAUCCGGUCAACGUUGGUAGAAACAUAGCGAGAGAAUCCGCCGUCACGCAUUACAUACUACCUUCCGACAUUGAACUUUAUCCGAGUCCUGGUAUCAUAGAUGAUUUUUUGGAUAUGGUCCUCAGACAAGAACUUCCGCUGAGACGUAAAAAUUUAAAAGUUUUCCCUCUGCCCAUAUUCGAAUUAGAAUCCGAUGCUCCCGUGCCACGUAACAAAACUCAAUUGGUAAAAAUGUUGAAAAAUGGCAGAGCAAUACCUUUUCAUAAAAAAGUCUGUCCCGGAUGUCACACGGUUCCUAAAUUUAAAGAAUGGGUUAUGGCAAACGAAACGAAAGGUUUACACGUUUUCCACAUAGGGAAAAGAAUGGGUUAUUACCUUCAUUGGGAACCCAUAUUCAUAGGAACACACGAUGAUCCCUUAUACGAAGAAAGGUUAAGCUGGGAGGGUAAAAGUGAUAAAAUGACUCAGGGUUAUGUUUUAUGCGUUCUCGAUUACGAAUUUCACAUAUUGGACAAUGCAUUUCUAUGUCACAAACCCGGUAUAAAAACCGUUAAAAAGGAUACGGCGAGAGCCAUAUUGGCGGCAAAAACAAAUUCUCUUAUACAAAAGGUUAUACUUCCGGAAUUGAAAGCUUUGUUCGGUACGAAAAAAGGUUGCGCCGUCUGA